UUCCAUAAACUCCCUUCCCAUCACCAAUACACAAAAAUUACUAUAUCAUCUGCUCCUUCAUAAGAUAAACUUUUAGUUUUAUAUAAUUGAAAAAAGAGGAAUUAGAAAAUGAAUGUUUCAGAAGCUUUUAAAUCAAGGAGUAUGAAGAAUAUGCUUGGAGAUCAUCUCCUUCGAAAUGGGGUUUCUUAUGAUCAAACAAGAAAACCAUCUUCAAUUAAAUUAUUACCUGGACCUUCUUCAGGUCAAGUUGAUGAUGGAUCAUCCUCGUUGAUCGUUUCGAAACAACGUAAAAUUGAAUCAGUUUUCGCCACCAUGAACAAGCUUGUGAAAGGAAAGUUGGGUUUGGUAGGAAAGGUUGAUAAAGUGUUUAGACAAAUCUUCAGCGUGCGUGAAGGAGAGCAACUGUCGAGAGCUUCACGUUGCUCCUUGUCCACCACCGCGGGUCCUAUUGCAGGCCGCCUUUUCAUCUCAACUGAAAAGCUGGCCUUCUAUAGCGACAAGCCGAUUGCGAAAGUCUCCUCCUCUACUGGAGAAUCUCUUAGAUUUCACUACAAGAUUGUGAUUCCGUUGAGGAAGAUCAAGAAAUUCAAUCAAAGCGAGAAUGUGAAAAGGCCAUCACAGAAGUAUUUACAAGUAGUGACUGCAGAUGAAUUUGAGUUUUGGUUCAUGGGAUUCGUCAGUUAUAAGAAAACUUUCAAAUGCUUACAACAAGUAUUCUCCAAAAGUUUGAUCUGCUGACUUUGAUGGUUAAGAUAGGUGUAAGCUCGCAGCUAGCUUUGUAUAUACUAUACCGUAUUCUCUAGGAUAAGAUAAGAUGGUUUUUGCUGUAGAGUUAUUAUUGAUUAGUACCUAAGCUUGUAUAUAAAUUAAUGAUUUGCCCAAGAUAAUUGAGCUACUUUAUUCAUAAUUAAUUGAUACUUCAUUCUUGUUA